GCGCGCAGCCGUGUGGUUGCGCCGGUGCGCACUGGGGAAUUGAGUGCGAGCCUGAGGCCCGACGAGACGAGGAGGAGGAGGACAUGGCGCUCCCCGGCUACAGGCAGCCUCCAAAGCGGCGUGCGCGCGGUGGGGCCCAAGGCCCUGACCAGGGAGACCCCAACCAGCUGUUUGAUGACACCAGCUUCGGAGUGGGGCCCCCUGGCGGCGGCAUGGCAGCGGGCCCAGGAGGAGGGGCCUACGGAGAGAGUCCGGGAUCUGCCUUCCAUGUGCCAGGCUUCCUCAACGACCCCAUGGCAAACCCCAUGACCAACAUGGCCAUGGCCUACGGCUCUACGCUUGCCAAUCAAGGCAAGGAGGCCGUCGAGAAAAACAUUGACAGGUUCUUCUCGGUGAAGAAACUCAAGUAUUACUUCGCGGUGGACACCGUGUACGUGGGGAAGAAGCUGGGCAUCCUGCUGUUCCCUUACACACACCAGAACUGGGAGAUGCGGUAUCAACAGGACGCGCCCGUGGCCCCGCGUGUUGACCUUAAUGCGCCCGAUCUCUACAUCCCAUCCAUGGCGUUCAUAACCUACCUCCUGGUCACCGGAGUGGCUCUUGGCACCCAAAACCGGUUCUCGCCGGAGCAGCUGGGCAUGCAGGCGAGCUCGGCACUCGUGUGGCUUAUCAUGGAGACCCUGGCGGUGCUGCUCAGCCUCUACCUCAUCACCGUGCGCACUGACCUCACCACCUUCGACAUUGUCGCCUUCGCUGGAUACAAAUACGUCGGGAUGAUCGUGAGCUUGCUGGCCGGGUUGCUGUUCGGUGGCAACGCCUACUACAUGGUGCUCGCAUGGUGUUCCUGCGCCAUAUUCUUCUUCACUAUCCGGACGCUGCGGCUGAAGAUCCUGGCGGACAUGUCUGCAGACAGCAGCAUCGUGCGGAGCAGCAAAAACCAACUGCGCAUGUACCUCACCUUCUCCAUUGCUGCCCUGCAACCCGCCCUCAUGUACUGGCUCUCCUUCCACCUACUGCGAUAAGGCCCCAUGCCCCACCCCUGCCACCAGCUGCUUUAGGGCCCCUAGCUCUGACCUCAUCACCUGCUGCAAUAGUGCCACGAGUCGGAGCCAUACCAACUGUUGCAAAUGGGUCCCUAAUCCAAACACUGGCUCCCGGAGCCUCAGCUGCCCAGGCCAUUUGGUGUUUUCCCUCGUAUCCUGCCCUGUGCCGCCUGUACGUGGCUCCAAUUACGUGGGUUUUUUUUGUGGCCACUCCUGAACUGCUUACCCCUACAAACUGCUGAUUGGGUUGGCCAUUGUGACCCACUUGGCCCUGAACACACUCCAGCCUCCACCAUGCUGAUGCCACUCAUUCUUCCCUCCUUCGGCCGAGCUGUCCCUCAGCCUGUUGCUGCAUACAUUAGACUGGUGAAUGUCAGCAUUCCGCCUUGGCUUGAGCAGCCCCUCCGAGGUCCUGUCUCGUAAGCGGAACAGGAAGCCUCGUGUGGUACUGCAGGGUGGACUCCCAGAGCGGGCUGGUGAGGGCGUCACUGCGCAUCGGAAAAGUCCAUGGCUGCUACGCAUUAAAUGUUUUUUCUUAUUUUUAAAUUCUCAUUUUUUUCCUUGCAUAUUACCAAGCCAAACUGUAUAUGGCUAAGUAUUGUAAUUGGACCAUGAUUUACUUUAAUUACUUUGUGUCUAAAUAUGCCUUUUUUAUAUCUGUCCGCUUAAUUCGGCGGACAAAAGCCACAACCAUCUAUUCCUGCGUCUGCAGGCAUGGAACUAAAGGGAGUGCAAACCCAUGGGGUUCCCAAGCUGGAGGUGUAGGCCGCUGGGAGGACAGGAAGGAUGGGCCCCCUGGGCUGGGCUGCAGGAAUCCCUGAACUAAUCCCUCCCGGUCAAAGGCAAUCAUAAGUUCUCCCUUCCCCAUCCGUGUGUUACCUUCGGCGAUAGUGGCGCACGUGCGUCCUGUCCAUGAGCCCGUGACAGUAGUUCUGUUUUAUUCGCACGUCAUUUACAGUGGCUUGGCAAAGUACUUGACAUGGCCUCGUUUCCAGCUGCUCCUUUGGACUCGGGCUGGAGUGACGAGCAGGACUCCUCUGACUUGAGUCUUGGCGUGGUUGAGCCUCGUCUUCACCUAACGUAGUUCUGAGGGUGUGGAUUUUCCCAAGGAGGCUUCUACAGUAGCUACCAUGAGCUGGGAGCGAAAGAGGAACUGGUACGAGGGGCCAUGGGUGGAAUGGCGCUGCGAGACCUGUGUCAGCGCUGAGACGGCCCGGGCUCCACGUGGACGUGGUGGAGUGGGGGGUCUAUAGUGGGGCCUCCGUGGGGCCAGUGGUUGUCAGCAGCUCGAGCGAUGUGUGCUGUCUGCGUUGUGUCAAAGAAUUAAACUUUGUUCUUGAUCUCUG